AUGAGUUCCCCAGCUGUCCCGGCAAAUCUCACUCAUUAUCAUCAGCCCGAAACUCUUCUACACCAGCUUAUUUCCUCUAUCAACAAAAUUUCCCAGGAUGAGAGCUUUCAGCAGCUACAGAUCAUCCUCAAAGACCAUGGGAUUGUUCAAGAGAAGCUCCGCGCCACAGACACCGAAAAGGAACGAUUGACGAAGAAGAUUUUGGAGCAGAACGCGGAGACCAACAAGGCCUUGGAGGACAAAAUGACAGUCCAUAGAAAAUUUGAGGCACAGAAAACCAUAAACGCGGACUUGGAAUCAACGAUUAAAUCACUCGAGCAGGAGCUAAGCCGAGUGGUUGCACACAGCAAGAAGCAUGAGGAAUCCGUUGACAAACACAAGACCAUCCUUGAGAAGCAAAAGGAGCAGAUAGCAGCCGCAAAAAAAGAAGUCGCUACAGCAACGAACAAGUUGAAGAUGGCUAGCGACCAGCUAGGGUUAAAGUCCGACGCCCUGAAAGAAACGAAAAGAAAACUUGGGUUGUUUCAAUCCUACACGGUGAAACUAACGCCACUUGAACGUGAACGAGGUAAUAUGUAG